CACACUCACGUCGCUCCACUGAGCCGCGGCUGCGGGGAGCAGCAGCAGAUCACAUCCUGACGCACGUCGGGGAAUUUCCCCCCUUUUCAACAAUGGAUACCUGCAGGGUGCGAGCCUGGGUGCUUCUGCUUCUGCUGUGGCAAGAAGGUGCUUUGGCAUCGCAGUUUCCGACACAGCUCAUGAUUAAAGAAUGGGUUGAUCAAAUGCAGAGAGAGCUCAUCACAUUGGCAGACACAGCCACAGCUGGACAGAGCCUCACUCAGAUUUUUCUUAGAAACCAACAUCUCUACACAGUGGAGCAAAAUGAUGCAGAGGAGCUGGUGGCCAGAGCGUCCACAAACAUAGAACAGCUGCUGCGGAAAAGGUCUGCCGCCUUGGAGAAGCUGGCCACAGCUGCAGAAGUAUUCCAGAUGGAGCAUGCUUGGAAAGAUGAGUUUGAGGAUGAUGAAAUUGGCUACUACAAUUCAAAGGACAAUCUGGAUGCAAAUGAAACAGAAGGAAGAAAAUACAGGAUUCGACCAGACUUUAAAGAGGACCCAUCGUUUAAACGUUUGACUGAUUACAACCAUACAGCUGUCCACAUUCCCACUGACAUCUAUGAUGGCUCUACCAUUGUGCUGAAUGAGCUCAACUGGACUGAGGCAUUGGAGGAUGUGUUUAGAAAGAACAGAGAAGACGACCCCACCCUUCUCUGGCAGGUGUUUGGAAGUGCUACAGGCCUGGCUCGUUACUACCCAGCCUCUCCAUGGAUGGAUGCCCGUAAAACUCCCAGUAAGAUUGAUCUCUACGAUGUCCGCCGGAGGCCAUGGUACAUUCAAGGAGCCGCCUCUCCCAAGGACAUGCUAAUCCUCGUGGAUGCGAGUGGCAGCGUGUCCGGUUUAACUCUCAAACUGAUCAGGACAUCAGUCUGUGAGAUGCUGGAGACUCUCUCUGAUGAUGACUAUGUCAACGUUGUUUAUUUUAACACCAGGGUGAAGAAAACGGCAUGUUUCGACCAUCUGGUACAAGCCAACGUGAGGAAUAAGAAGCUGCUGAAAGAUGCUGUGCAGAACAUCACGGCCAAAGGGAUUACAAACUACACAAAAGGCUUUGAGUUUGCUUUUGAGCAGCUUUCUGCGACAAAUGUGAGCAGAGCGAACUGCAACAAGAUUAUCAUGCUGUUUACUGAUGGAGGAGAGGAAAGAGCUCAGUCCAUAUUGCAGAAAUACAACGCUGACAAGAAGGUCCGAAUCUUCACCUUCUCCGUAGGACAGCACAACUAUGAUAAAGGACCCGUUCAGUGGAUGGCCUGCUCAAACAAAGGUUACUUCUAUGAAAUCCCCUCCAUCGGAGCCAUACGAAUAAACACACAGGAAUACCUCGACGUCCUGGGAAGACCCAUGGUCCUCGCAGACAAGCAGGCCAAACAAGUCCAGUGGACUAAUGUGUACCUUGACGCUUUGGAACUGGGUCUGGUCAUCACUGGAACACUACCUGUCUUCAACAGAACCAAGACCUUCGAUGAGAAGAGGGGCGAGCACCAAAAUCAGCUGAUCCUUGGCGUGAUGGGGAUUGACGUGUCUCUUGAUGACAUCAAGAAACUCACGCCGCGCUUCACAAUUGGUCCAAAUGGAUACUACUUUGCCAUCGAUCCUAAUGGAUAUGUUCUGCUGCACCCCAAUCUCCAGCCAAAGGAGCCUGUUACCCUAGACUUCCUCGACGCUGAGCUGGAGAAUGACAUAAAAGUGGAGAUCAGGAAAAUGAUGAUUGAUGGUGAGACAGGAGAACGCACCAUUCACACUUUAGUGAAAAGUCAGGAUGAGAGAUACAUAGACAGAGGAGUGAGGACCUACACGUGGGGACCAGUCAAUGGAACAGAUUACAGCCUGGCCCUUGUUUUACCUAAGUACAGUGAACACUUCAUGCAAGCAAAGCUGGGAGAUGAUAUAAAACAAGCCAUAAGUGAUAAAAGUAAGAGUAAGACUUUGGAGACAACACAGCCAGACAGAUUUGAUGAGUUUGGUUACACUUACAUUGCUCCAAGGGAGUACUGCAAAGAACUGAAGCUGUCUGUCAACAACACCCAGUUUCUCCUCGACUUCAUCCAGUAUAUUGAUAGCAACACGCCAGAUGCCUGCAAUGUGUCCCUGGUGAACCGACUGAUCUUGGAUGCAGGUCUCACAGCUGAACUGGUUAAACUUUGGAGAGAGCAGACAAUAGACGGGAUGGUGGCGAGGUUUGUUGCCACUGAUGGAGGAAUCACAAGAGUGUUUCCCAGAAGCGCUGCAGAAGAGUGGACUGAGAGUACUGAGCCGUACGAGUCCAGCUUCUACAAGAGGACCUUGGAUAAUGAAAUCUAUAUAUUCACAGCUCCACUUUUCAACGCAGAGUCCAGGGAGUCUGUGUCUGAGUCAGGUAUCAUCGUGAGCAAAGCAGUAGAUCUCGUCAUCGAUGAAGUCACUCUCAAACCUGCAGUGGUGGGAUUGAAGCUCAAUGUCUCAUUCUGGAUGAACCUCUUCAUUAAUGCCACACUAAAAGUGAAUUGCAAAGAUGAGAUUUGUGGCUGUUUGAAGAAUGACAAGCAUGUCGACUGUGCGUUAUUGGAUGAUGGAGGAUUUCUUCUCAUGUCUAAUCAAGAUGAGUAUAUUUCCUUGAUAGGUCAGUUCUUUGGCGAGGUGGAUCCCGUGCUGAUGAUCAACCUGGUCAACACCUCCUUAUACUCCUUCAACAAGACAUAUGACUACCAGUCUGUCUGUGACCCCGAGAAAGACAGCAAGGCAGCAGCAGGACCUCGCUCAGUCUAUGUGCCUACCAUUGCAGACUUGCUGAGUAUUGGCUGGUGGGCCUCCAGCGCGGCCUGGUCGAUUCUUCAGCAGCUCUUCUUCGGCCUCAUGUUUCCCAACCUUUUAGAGGCAGUGGAGUCGGCAGAUGAGGAAAUAUCAGAUGCCAUGUUCAAGGAAAGCUGCAUCACAGAGCAGACUCAGUACUUCUUUGACAAUGAUGAAAGAUCGUACUCUGGUGUCCUGGACUGUGGAAACUGUUCCAGGAUGUAUCGUGCCGAAAAGCUUCCAAACACCAACCUGGUGUUUCUGAUCACUGACGCCAAGGCAACGUGCUUGUCAUGUGACCCCAGGCCGCUUCGACAGGCCGAACAGAACUCUGAAGGUCCAAAUCCAUGCGAGCUGGCUCAGAACCCGAGGUACCGGAAGGGGCCAGAUGUGUGUUUUGACAACAAUGAAAACGAAGAUGAUUCGGAUUGCGGAGGAGGAACCGUCUUAAGCCCAAGUCUCGGUCCAGUUCUUAGUCUCCAGCUGCUGCUGCUGGGGCUCACCAAAUCUCUACAACACUCAUGACCCCUACACACAGUUGCACGCUCACUCAGACUCUGAUGACCGUCACAUUAAAGACACACAACGUACACCACACAGGAUGUAUGCAGAAUAUUUGCAGAACACAGCCGCUGUCUGCAUUUCCAUUCUCCAAAUGCCAAAGGGUGCUCAUUCACUUCCUCGUCAUCAUGUUCAAAUGUAGAGCAUUCAGCUGCACUCAUUUCCAUCAAAAAACACCUUAAUCCUCUCCUAUGGUGCAAGAGUAAGAGCUAACCAAACCCUUUAAUUCUGCCUCAUACGUUUUCUCUGGUCUUUUGAGCCGAAGUUGAAGAGUUAUCCCACUAUGCCAACUGAAAAUCAUUGAAAGACUGUAUGUUCGCUGACAACAUUGAUUCGUGUAGUUGUCAGUAUUGUUUGUAGGUUACUAUAUUUAUUGCGUAUUGAUAAUGAUGCUGUAAUGAGGCAUACCGUUAUGGUUUAAUUGUGUUUUUUGAUGUUGAUUACCUAUUUAUCCACGUCAUGUCUCUUUGCAAAAAAUCAACAAAUGUUUUGCAACUAGCUCGGUGUUGUAUUGGAGCAGCAUGUGCUCAUAUCAGUACAACGUCGAAGACAACACCUACAUGCUGACACCAAAGCUCAAAACAGUACCAAGCAACCACGGAGGGAUACUGUCCGACUACUACAGAGAAUGUGCACUCGAGUUUAUUUCAUGAGAUUUCUCAGAUUUUACAUCAGCAUUCAUGUUACAGCGUUAGAUAGGUAACAUACAGUACAUCGCUUAGAAAUAAGAGAGGUGAGGUUGCACCCGACUUGAAAAUCUAGUAUGAAAUUCAAAUUCCAAAAACAUGUUUGUACUUGGACUGGCAGCUUUGGUUGUCCUCAGCAAUUUGAUGCAUCAAAUUCCCAGUGCCUACUUAGUAGCGUGAACAGUAUAGUACGAAUGCAUCAGAGUUGUAUUUUUACCAUGUAUGCCUCCAUGCUCAUGCUUGCUGCGGUAUAGCAGGGAGGGAAGCCCUUAUAGUAACGUGUCAUGAAAUGGGCCAAAAUAUGCUGCUGUCCCAUUCAGAGACAUAACGUCACAAUGAAAAUAGCCAGUGACUUUGAUUUAGGGAGAGGAACACCAUUCUCCUUUCAUUAUGGGAGAGGAUUAUUUUCCUCACUGGAGAAUACAUACCUAAACCAGACUUGAGCUUGCAGCAUCUCUCUCUUUUAUUAAUCCUGUUUCUGUUUCCUUUCCGGAUCACCAGACUCAGGAGCCAAGAUGACUUGUGAAUGAGAUCAGCAUAUCAAAAUGACUGUUUAUUUGUUUUGGUCUUCUUGCUGUGCUCUUCCUGAUGCUUGUUUCCAUUUGGAUUGCUCUCUAAGUGCUGUGAAGCAGAUGCCGAACGCUCGGUGUCGAAAUGCUGCAAAUGUCAUGGGAUGAGCUUGUUCUGUGUUUUGAAAACUGUCUAUGCCUAUGAUCAGCAUCAGGGCCUGCUGGAGAGAACACCUGGAAAACACUGCUGACAGUGGUAUUUUUGCAUUGCCUUACUUUAUCAUAAGUCACGAAGAUCACAACUAGGUUAAGUUUUUGUAUUUAUUUUUAAAGCUAUUUUGAUAAUAAAUAUUGAGUUCUCUCCAUCUAGCCUUUAUGGUGACAUGCUGGUGUUGAGUGAUCAGGUUCUGCUGUCUAUCAAAGUCGCGUGUUGACUUGUGUUUUACCCCAGGGAUCCCGUGUCUAUGUGCAGGCAUGAGCGUGUCCCUCCAAUUUCUGAUUGUGCUUUUCAUGAAAUACUCUUUUGUGGAACUUCAUUAGCCUGAAUAAAUUUUGUAUACGUUUGUACACUACUAUUUACUGUAUAAAAGAAAAAAAAAAUGAAACGGGA